AUGGGGGCUAGAUCUCGCUCAGGGUGCUUGUCCUGUCGCCGUCGCAAGAAAAAAUGUGACGAGGCGAAGCCGAUCUGCGCGGCUUGCCUGCGCAAUGCCCUUCCCUGUGUCUGGCCAGACACAAGCCCGCUAAAAGCAACCCCCGAGGUAUUGUCAACUUUGCAACCGCAAACACAAACAUUUACUGUCCGCCCAGUACCUGCGUCUGACGCGUGGGCCCUCACCAUUGGUGCGCCCAGGGACCUGUCACCCGCGACUAUCCCUGCGUCUCCGUCCAAUUUUCCUCUGUUAGGAUCGGCGGCAUCGGGUUCGGAGACGUGGAGGCUAUUGGAUCAUUACUUGAAAGAUACGGCAAACCGCCUCGCAUGUCUCCAGGAUAGUGAAAAUCCGUUUCUUCAUACGAUUCUGCCGGUUGCGCUCGGGGAUGAACUUAUAAUGAAUUCUAUUCUGGCCCUUUCGGGGGUCCAUAUGAUGCAGCGGCUCCCUCGGCUGAAUCUCGAGAUGCAGUCUUUGACUUGGUCUCGGUACACUCGGGCAUUGCAGCAACUCAGGAUUGACUUGACGGAGACUUUCAACGAUGGCAGUAACGUAGACGCUGCCUGGCGUGCUUUGCUAGUUGUAUUAAUAUUCUAUCUUCUAGAGGCAACCAGGGGCAAUGAUCCCAAAGCCAUGCAACGACAUCUAGAGGGGGCUCAUCAUCUAAUGGCUCAUGUGCUACGCUCGUCUAAAACACCCACGCAGCCCAGUAUUGUAUCUUUCGCAACGGAACUUUAUGUUUACAAUGCUGCUCUCGCAUCAUUUACCAUGAAUUCUCCACCAGCCCUGAUCAUGCCUCCAGGAAUGGAGCUGAAUAAUCUUGGGGCCACAGAUCGUGAGAUCGGUGUACUCUGCGGUUGCGCCUACGAGCUAUUCAUUCUCGUACCACAAGUCUCAGCCCUGCUCCGGAAUUUCGGCUCGUGUGACUCCUCGGCGACAUCCUUCAAAGAAAGUCUGAUCAUGGAGUAUUACAGCAUCAGAGCGCAAAUUGAGAACUGGAAGCCGCGCAGCGAUCAGCGAGAACUGGUACUUUGUGCAGAGCUCUACCAGCAGAGCCUUUUAUUGCUCCUCGAUUUCCGUUUUACCCUCAAUUCAACCGAUGAGAUUGUCGACCACGCAUUCUGGAGACUUGACUCCAUCAUAUCACAAUUACCUCCAAGCUCUCCCAUUGCAACUACGGCAAAUUGGCCGCUUUUCGCUUUCGGGAUACAUGCUCGAAAGCCCCAUCACAGAGAGACGAUCCGAUCAUAUCUACAGUCCCUCGUCACAUUCUUUGGGAUGGGAGUGAUGUCAACGGCGCUCAGGCAGCUUGAAGAGCUUUGGAUGUCAGAACCUGACCAGGAGGUGAUCAGCAAGUUCUUCACGAACCAGAAUGAAUUGCUAUUGAUUUGUUGA